AUGAAAGUAUAUGUUAUUGUGCUCAUAGUUGUGGGCUUCCUUGUUGGUGCGCUGCUGUUACAAUUUAUGCUGAGCAGAUGCUCAAAGAAGCAACCAAAUGGAUCCACUUUGCAGAGACCUGUUGUUAUGAGUAGGCAGAGUAGGGGUGUAAAAGAUGGUGAUAUGUUCAUUUUCGCUGGCGCGGCUGCAGGUGGUUCUACUGCUGUUUUAGCUAGCAUAGAUUAUGGUGGUAGCGGUGAUGGAGGCGGUGAUGGAGGAGGUGAUGCGGGAGGGGAUGGCGGUGGUGGAUGUGGUGGUGAUUAA